AUGAGUAGAAAGACAAAUCCCGAAACACGUUUCGUGGUGACCACACCGGAAUCGUACGAAGCCAACGGGUUUGCUCAUACUAGGUAUCACGGUGUUCAGCCUAAAGCGACCAAGGCGCGACGUUCCAAAUCUUCUCGACACGGCGGAAGCACUUCAAAUGCACGAACCAACCCAUAUCCAACGCAGCACGAUUCCACAUAUUCAAGUUCGCCAGUCUACCUUUCUAAACCAGCUAUCUCCUUGGAAACGCCUUCUUUGUCGACUGCUCCCUCCGGCGGCGGAACAUCCCAAAUCCCACCUGGCUCCUCCCAGACUUUGGCCACCAGUACUGGUGUUCCAUCUGCGUACGCAUCCCAUCUUUAUUCCUAUCCCAGUCCGGCAGCGCCAUACGAUUUUAAGAAGAACGAUACACUGGCACACCAACCAUCCAGGAACAGGAGUAGCGAACGGUAUCCAUCUCUUCCGCCACAUGCCGACGUGGGUCUCUAUCAUCCGCCGCAACAAAUUAACCCUUAUCCGAUGAGCCCACAGCAGCAGCAGCAGCAAUUUGGGUCGUACUACCCUGAAUUGACCACGUCAGUCUCGUCAACCAAUUUCGAAGCUUAUCAUCCAUCAGGGUACACGCACCAGGAACCACUGUAUCCGAUUCCUCCUGGUUAUGGUGAACAUGGCGGAUUUUCUCCGACGCCUGGUGGUAAUCCGCAGGGACGCUCUCCAGGACCCAAUCCUACAUGGCCGCCGUACGAUAAUUAG